UGCCGAGCUGCACUUCUGGUUGUUAUUUCAAAGCAAGCAUAGCACAUAGUAUCUAGUUCUACGCGAGUUGAGCGAAAGAAAACGGUCAAGUUUAUACCGACGAACGAAUCGCUGUGAGUGAACUCUGUUUCAGACCGCCGAGCCCCGUAACGACUGCGCGAGCUUUUUCAUCCUAGAACGCGAAGUUAGGCAGAGUUCGACCGGAACCAAACUAGUGAUGGUUGUCGCUGUGAAAGUUUUCAAAAAAUCCGCACCGAAUGGCAAGAUAACCGUGUACCUCGGCAAGCGCGACUUUAUCGACCAUGUCGAGCACGUCGACCCGGUGGACGGUGUGAUCGUGCUGGACCAGGACUACCUGCGGGGACGCAAGGUCUACGGACAGCUCAUCACCACCUAUCGCUAUGGCCGCGAGGAGGACGAGGUCAUGGGGGUCAAGUUCUCCAAGGAGAUGGUCCUGCUCAAGGAGCAGAUCUACCCGAUGGUGAACUCCAAGAUGGAGAUGACCCCGAUGCAGGAGCGGCUGGUCAAGAAGCUGGGCGCGAACGCGUACCCGUUCAUGUUCCACUUCCCGUCGAUGGCCCCGAGCUCGGUGACGCUGCAGGCCGGCGAGGACGACCAGGGCAAGCCGCUGGGUGUGGAGUACUCGAUCAAGAUCUUCGUCGGCGAGGACGAGGAGGAGAAGGGCCACAAGCGCAGCACGGUCACGCUGCUGAUCAAGAAGCUGCAGCACGCCCCGUCCACCCGCGGCCGUCGCCUGCCCUCGUCGCUGGUCAGCAAGGGCUUCACCUUCUCCCAGGGCAAGAUCAACCUGGAGGUGACGCUGGAUCGGGAAAUCUACUACCACGGCGAGAAAAUCGCCGCCAACAUCGUGGUCACGAACAACUCUCGCAAGACGGUCAAGAGCAUCAAGUGCUUCGUGGUCCAGCACUGCGAGGUCACCAUGGUCAACGCCCAGUUCAGCAAGCACAUCGCCUCGCUGGAGACCCGCGAGGGUUGCCCGAUCACGCCCGGCGCGAGCUUCACCAAGUCGUUCUUCCUGGUGCCGCUGGCCUCGAGCAACAAGGACCGCCGCGGAAUCGCCCUCGACGGCCACCUGAAGGACGAGGACGUCAACCUGGCCUCGUCGACGCUGAUCAGCGAGGGCAAGAGCCACUCGGACGCGAUGGGUAUCAUCAUCUCGUACUCGCUGCGGGUUAAGCUGAACUGCGGAACCCUCGGCGGGGAGCUCCAGACGGACGUGCCCUUCAAGCUGCUGACCCCGGCACCCGGAACCAUCGAUCGCGAGCGAGUCAACGCGCUCAAGAAGAUGAAGUCGAUCGAGCGUCACCGUUACGAGAACUCCCACUACGCCGACGAUGACGACAACAUCGUCUUCGAGGACUUUGCUCGGCUGCGAAUGAACGAACCAGAAUAAGAGGUGAAGCAAGCCCAUCUGUUGCAUCCACGUUGCAUCUACAUCCUAGAGCUGUUUAAUUUUUAAAAUCUUUACCAACUAUUACUAUUUCAAAGUGCCACCUCUGGCGCUGGACUGUCUGUAAAACAUUUCCACAACCUGUACGACCUGCGUACAUCGAAAAACUAUGUGAUAUUUCAAAAAGCUAAUGUUCUGUUGUCUGUUUUGAAAGUCAUGCUAUAGUUUUCCAAAGAUUUAGUUUUAAAAAAGUUUGAAAAAAUCAUGAAAAAAUACCAAAAAAAUAAGCACUAAGUAACUCGAACUGAUUUGAUUCAUCGAUUAAUUUUCGCUAGUUUCAACAACAAAAGAAUGAACAGCUGCGCAGUUGGUCAAACUAAGUCAUCAAGAAAUCACAUUGAAAAUUGUCAAGAAGAAAAAUUAAUCGAUCAAUCGGACACACAAGCCAAGUAACAAUACCAGAAGUGAACGAAUCGAAACAAAACCCGCUCCAGCCACGGUCCUGCUUGCGCCAAGGACUUCCGAAAGUACACCCGAAAGUCCCCGACUCGAACGGACCGGGCUGGACGCUCUAAUUUUAAGAUGAAGAAGAAGAAAAUUUCUUGUUAAACCACUAUCUCUCACACCACACACACACACAACCACUGAUGACGGUAUUAUGACGUGAAGACACACGCGAGCUUUAACAGUUAUUUUUCGUUUUUUAACAUUUUUAAAACGGAAAACCACGCGAAUCCCAACAAACCUUCGAAACGUCAAACGGGCAAAACUGCUCGAACAGGUGCGCCAGUGUGUGAGCGCGAUUCGAGCAGUUUCGACGCUUUGGCUCGGGAUUCGCGAGCUUUUCGCGCGACAAACGCCCUAAUCCUUCCCCAUUGAGCCAUCGCAUGCGGAACCGUCCAGGUCGACAGGUCUUUGCAUCUGAACCUGGAGGACCGGCAACGAGGAGCCGAUCGGGGAACGAUUUGAAGGAAGUACUUCGCAAUCUCCCCAUGAAACGCAAGUGGAACGAGAGCCAAACAGUGAGCACCGGCAAGCGCUUCCCUGCUUGGAAGAGGUGGGAAGAAUGGGGUUUAGUUUAGCUUUUGUUUUAGUUAUGUUUCGUUGGUUUUAGUUUUGUUUCUGUGUAAAAGUUCAAUAGAAAAUAAAACAAUAAAAUAGAUACCGGCCAAAUUAAGUUAUUAUGUUCUAAACAGGCAGAGAAAAAAAGAGAUUUUUAUUUUUUGUCACAUUGUAACAAUCGAAAGUUUGAAACAAUUAAAAGUAUUUAUGGUACAUUGGCAGAA